UGUCAUCAGCAGCUUGUCAAACUGAAAGUGCACCUUCCUCGCACUGCAUUGCAUCAUUGUAUUGUUCACGUGAGCUGCCACCUUGAACCGCAUCCCUUACACUCGUGAUUAUGGGCAGGUUAGUUACCUAGGUACCUUGGGCACUUUGCUUUGAUUCUUCGUCGAAUACAUUCGGUAUCAUUUCGUUGAUGCACCAAGUUACACAAGAAACAACACAGAUUAAUCAUAGCAAGCACAACUUUCCGUUAUAGCACUGCUCGCUCCCUAUGAAUGCCUGUUACACGUUUGUCGAUGGAUACAUCAUUCUCUCGACACAAGAUCCCCUAUCCACGUCCCGAAGAUGCAACAGAAAGUAUGUCCGUCUUGAUGUGCUUCCUUGUCAUUGCCGGAUCUCUCGCUAGAUCUUGAGAAAUGUCACACAGCUUCGGGAUCACAACGCUCUUGUUCGAGAGUACGUGUUGCAGCCGGCCUAUUACAGUGAUAUAGAGGCCCAAAAGGCCGUUUGCGUUACAUGAAAACGAUCCGGCAAUGGCAAUUUCCGGAUAACUCAUAUAUAUCAAACUCGGCCGUUGGACAGCACAAGAAUCUCCCGUCACGCCCAGUUAUCAAACGGGGUCCUCUCAACAUAGGCUUGCUACAUUCUCAAAUCUCAGGGGAUGCCACGGUGUUCUCCAAGUAGAAGCCAGUACAGCCCAUCCACGACUCAGGUCCAUGUGCUUAGCCGUACACCGAGGCAACCUUCAGAAAGAUGUCUUGGCUAACCUUGCAGUCUUCGGCCAAGGACAUUCGCUACAUGAAGAGGCAGGGAAAGAAUACCCUUUCUGUGACACAAAGACAUUCAACGCUGAAUCACGGAACGGCAACUGGAUUAAGACGCACUUGUUACCCCUAUCCGUGGUCCAAAUGAGGACUGUAACGUGAACAAUGCAUCCUUCCGAGACCUUGCCGACCAUGCUAAUAUUCCGAAGAAGCACCAAUACGAUGCAAAUAUAACGAGUGAGAUAUAUGUUCUCCUGGCCUUAGCUCUUUUUUCCACUAGCGAUUCCUCAUACCCUAUCAUUCGUUCAAACCACCGCCACCAUGAAGCCAUACAAUCUGUUGAAAGUCUUAUUGGUUGCGGCAUCAGUGGCCGUUGGCGUCGAGGCUGUCAAUAAACUAGCUGCUCUUUCCUCAAGAACUGGUCGAGCAAGCACUGGAAACACCCGCAAGUUCAUUAUUGAAGUCGAGCCGAAUCAAGGCACGACCACAGUGACACGCCAACUCCUCAUGAAACCUGAUCGAAAAAGGCCUUUGUUCCAGAGCUUUGAUUGUAGUGAUGUUUUCAACGGGAUGGUGGUUGAAACUGACACAGAUAAUAUGGAUACAUUGCUCCAGAUGGAAGGGGUCGUGAACGUGUGGCAGGCCUACAAAGUGGCCAUGCCAAAAGUCGAGUUCUCAGAGAAGGGCCCAUCUUCAUCUAUAAGGAACUAUUCUAUUCAUCAUUGGACGGGUGUUGACAAACUCCAUGCUGCCGGUAUUCGUGGAAAGGGUUCAACUGUUGCGAUAAUUGACACCGGCAUUGACUAUACUCACAAAGCGCUCGGAGGCUGUUUUGGACCUGGAUGCAAAGUUAAAGGGGGUUAUGAUCUUGUCGGAGCAGACUGUAGGUUUCGUGGAUUUAUUUCUAUGAUGAAGGGCUUACAUCACAUCCAGGGGAAACCCACAAUGAGAGAAUGCAUCCCAAGCAGCCCGAUAAUGAUCCUAUGGACUACCAAGGCCAUGGAACUCACGUUGCAGGUAUCAUUGCUGCUAAGAAUGAAUGGCUUACUGGAGUUGCCCCCGAGGCCGAACUUCUCAUAUACAAGGUUUUCUCUGAUGAUCCGUGGGAGACUGACGAAGAGACUAUCAUGCAAGCACUGUGUGAUGCUUACAAUGCGGGAGCAGAUGUCAUCACCUCGAGCAUUGGUCAACCUAAUGGCUGGUCAGAUAACCCCUGGGCUAUGUUAGCCAGCCGACUGGUAGACAAGGGCGUCGUCGUGAUAGCAUCAGCUGGUAACGAAGGAGAGUUUGGACCGUUCUACUCCAGUAGCGGAGCUGUUGGCAGAGGAGUUUUAGCUGUUGCCGCUGCUAAUGUUACUACGAAGCCAAAUGCUAACAGGACUGGCGAGGAUCUCGGGCCACUUCCCGUCUAUUUCACAACAUGGGGCCCGACCAACGAGUUACUUCUUAAACCUGACAUUACCGCCCCUGGAUAUAUGAUCAUGAGCACUGUACUGAACCAAAGCUACGAGGAGCUGAGUGGGACAUCCAUGUCGGCGCCCUACAUUGCAGGCAUUGCGGCUUUGUUCGUGGGUCGGUACGGCGGUCGUGCUUUCAAUGGUGCAGGCUUUGCCAAAAUGCUCAGAGAUCGCAUCGCAUCGAGUGGAACGACCCUACCGUUCGUCAAUAAUCGUCUAAUGCGCAAGUAUAAAGCCUCGCCUUUCCAGGUUGGUACUGGACUGGUUGACGCCUGGAAAGUCCUCAACUAUGAUACUCAACUCGAGUAUGAGCCUUUUUCUCUCAUGGAUACAGAGCUGUUUCGGCCUCGAUGGAGUUUCAACAUCACCAAUACUGACGGUAUAGCACACGAAUACACCUUUAAGCUUGAACCCCAAGCUGGCUUCAACAUAUACGAUCCCGAAUAUGGAGUGGCUUUGCUCUAUGCUAUUGAGCCCAAAAACAUUGUCCCUCCUGUGAGACUCCCGCACAGGGUUCUAAUUGAACCCGGAGAGACAAGAGAGUUGAGUGUUACUUUUGGGCUUCCCGACGUUGACGAUGACUACCUGCCGCUAUACAGUGGCAAGGUAUUGAUCAAUUCCGAUCAUGGGGAGAAAUUGGCUAUCCCAUACGGAGGAGCUGCAUAUGAUACCGAGAAAGCAUUUGACAAUAUGUUCAUUGUUGAUCCGUUUGUUACAGAUCCCGACAAAGAUUCAGCAUGGUCUUUCAAUAUCGAUAGAGAUGCGAGUGACUUUAUUGAAAUUGGUGGUAGGACAUCAUAUGCUUGCGACAAUCUCAGGUGGGACAUCUUCGAACAAGGUUGGUCAGAAUCCCUAUGGACUUAUCCUCCACGGGUAGGAAGACAUGGAUUUAUUGGUUCAGCAACAACAAUGCGGGAUGCGGAGGAAUUCUGGUUCUUCGAUCCCACUGUCAACGAUCCGAAUGACACAUUGCCAUUCCCGCUCAAACAACAAUCACGAGGAUUUCACGUAUUUUGGUGGUUUGGCAAGCUCGCCAACGGCACAAGAAUAGCUCCUGGGAACUACACAAUGCGUUUCGCAGCUCUUCGGCCUUACGGAAAUCCAAACAUCUCCGAUCAUUGGGAUGUCAUGAACAGCCCUACAGCCAGCAGCAUCCAGGUGCUGCCGUACAAUGGUACACGCAACUCGACAUUGAAGUACAGAGCACCCAAGUACCAGACGCCGAGUCUUGGAAAGGGGCUCAUAAAAGGUUAAUCGGUAACGUAAGGGUACUGCCCUGGGGGGGAUUCGGCACUUGGCUUGGGUCGAUAUGAAUCGUUCCUUGGUCACAAACACGGGCACACGCAGUGAUGUGAUCAAUCAUCAUUUACCUCGUUUCGAUUUGCUCUAUCCUAGCAAUGCCGUUUGUAGUAUAGACCCAAACAGUUAUGACCCCCCCGUUUUGUUAACAGGGCAAACCCAACUGCAUAUGCUCCUGACACGAACUCCGUAAAUACAGGUACCAAACUCCUUAGCCAAUCGCAUUAUCAUGAAAACAAAAUUUGUAAAGCAUUCCAGACAAACCCAAAUCUAUGCCCACUUACCCAAAAGACUCAUCACCACCAGGCCAGCAACCAGACCAGUGCCGGCCAGAACGGUAGUGAGCAGGUUGGCGUCAGCGAGUUCAGCCUUGUGGCCAUGGCCCCCUGACAUCCAGUCUGCAGCCCACAUCUCCACAAGACCAACCCACAUGAGGAUACCUGCGGAGACGGCGUCGAGGGUACCGAUUGCGAUGAGUGUAGACUUGUCGUUACCAUUGAAUUGUUGCAAGACACCGAUGCCAAUGGCCAUGCCGAUAGGGGUAAUGAAGGCGAAAAGAGAGGCAAGGCCGAGUUUCUUCUUCAUGUUCAAACCAAUAGGGGCCGAUUCCUCGUUAGGGAUCGUCUCAGUGGAAGCGGGAGCCUUGUCUGAAUCUUGAGCGGAGGAAGUGUCCUGGGAGACGCGGGCCACGGGAGAGGCGUGACUAUCGUUAGAAGUACCGAUGGUGGCGAUUCGGCUUCCAAGAGCGAUGCCUUCAAACAUCUGAUGGAAAAGAAUGACGACGAAUAAGGUUAGGAAGUAUUCGUCACCCGCUACAACGAGCGUUAAGCCGAUCACUAGCAGUAAUGUUAGCCAACCACUCAGUCAGUGAGAAGAUAGAGGGAUCACUUACGAAGAGAGUGGAAUAGGAUACCCAUCUCCAUGACAAGAACACUGACAACCUCAGUGGACAAC